CUGGGACAAAGAAAAAAGUGGCUACCCUUCCCCCACUUUAAUAUACAAUCUAGCAGUUAGUUGAAUCUACGUCCAGCACUUAAAAAGAAAGAAAAGAGUUAUUUCAAGGCAGACAUCACCACCCACCCCACUCAACUUAAGCCCUAUCAGUCUUAACCUCCUGUGCGCCAUCUCCAGCCUAACACCAGGCUUUGGGGCUUGUCCUUGUCUCUCUUUAACAUUCAGCCUGAAAAAAGAGAACUUCAGUUUUUGCUUGUGAUAUUUUAGUUGGUCCUAAUAAAGGUAUUACCUUAUUUUGGAUGCUUUCCCUUAAUAGACCAAUGGCCACCUACUGGUCAAAUUCUGGCCACCCAGAACUUCAGGGGCCCUGUCCCAACCCUUUCUGACAAUACCAUGGAUUGAACCUGGGACUCCCAUUCUGCAUGCAAAACAUAUGGUCUUUUACAGAACUAGAGCCCCAUGAUCCCUAACAAACGCAUAGCACAGUUAACACAGAUUAGGGCUUCUAACAUAAAACAAAAAAACACUGGAAAGCAGAACUGCAUAAACACCUAGUCAAAGGGAACCAUGCUGGUAAUGAACACCAGGGCUGAUAGCUAAGCAGUUAGCACAAGGCCAGCUAUGGUAGAGAUGGUUUGUUUUUUUAACUUGCUCUUGUUAAAUUAGUGGGAAUCAUCAACUUUCUGAUGCCAGUCUACCCAAUGCCUGCUUCUGCUUUAACAUGCCACAGGGCUCUUUGUCUGCUCUUUGCCCCUCUGCUCUGAUUCUCACCCUCUCUCACCCUGUGCUGCUGCUUUGGAGGUCAGCCAGCCCUCAGCACCAGUCUGAGGGCUGGCUAUUUUCCACCACCUAUUUUCUUUCAUCCAUGUGCAGAAUGAGUUUUGUUUUGGGCAGCAGUAUCAAGGCAAUGUGUGCAAAUUUUGUGUGCCAAGUGUAAACACACACACUUAUCCACAAAUAUGAAAGAAAAAAUUGAUAUCUCAGUUCUUGCCUUUCUUCCACUUCACAUUUGCACGUAUAUCUCAACCAACUAAUAGGGUCAUUUCAGAACAAAAAAAAUAUCUUGGGUUUAUCCCAGUGAACACAGGUUUACUAUGGAGUAAGUGUACGUGUGUGUGUUUUUAUUUUAUUUUAUGCCAGCCAACCUUAAUAAUGUUUAGCCACUCCAGUACUUGUUUCAUAGCUAAAAUAAGGAGUUUAGUCUCCUUUGUCUCCUGCACUCAGUACCCCAUUUAGUUAAAAGCCUGGUUAGAGUGUUGGAUGAGAAAUUGGUUAAAAUCCUUCCAUACUCAGCCAGGAAGCUCAGAGGAUAACCUUAAACUAGAUAUUCUCUCUCAUCCUAACCCACCUCUCAGGAUUGUUGUAAGAAGAAAGAAUAAUACAAACACUACCCUGAGCUAUGCCAACAGAAAGAAAAGUCACCCACCAGCAAUCAGUUUAAACAAUCAAUCUCAAUUUAUCUCCUAAUUUGAUUUCAAACCAGAAAACAGAAUGGAAUACAUGGAGUCAUCCCAGUUUCUUGGUAUUUAAGUAGUAAGCAUUUCAGGGACAGGAGAGAAAGGCAGUGUUGUUGUUUUUAAUCACCAUCAUCAACUGAUUUGCAAAGUCUUAUUUUGAUGCAGUCUUAUUUUUUUUAAAAAGCAUUUAUUCAGCAGCUCUUUAGCCCCUUAUCAAAUGGAUGACUCAGCCUGCAAGAUCCCAACACUGAACACCAACUCUUCAUCAUGCUUACUUUUAAAAAUACAAGUUUCUUUUACCUUCCAUUGUUCCUCCCCUUCUCGUGAGACAGCAGUACCAAGGCAGCCCCCACCCCUUUCUCAUAACCUCUCCCUCUUUUUUUCAUUUGUUUUCUUCACAUUCCACUGGUUCCCUUGACCAGAUGGUUACUUUUAAAAAUAAAAGUUUCAUUUACCAUCCAUUCCCUGCCUUGCCUUUUUGAGGGUCAGUCAGCACAGCAGAACAAGGCAGUUAUGCAACCCUCAGGCAGUUUCUUUUCCUUUACAUUCUUCUUCCCCUGCCCCUUGCCUAAUACGGCUUGCAUUUACUUUACCCCCUGCCUUCUUGUGAGUCUGUCUGUCAGUCUGCAACAUAAAGGAAACAAGGCUUUUAUGCAGCCCCCAGGCAGGCCUCCAGCCAGCAGCUUGGCUUCAAAGCUCCAGCAGGCCCUUUUGCUUGCUGCUGCUGCCGCUGCCUGACUCAUCAUCCCUGCUUGAUGUCUUCAGCAUGCUUUCAGUUUCAGUGAGUGAGUCUGCGCAGAGCACAGCCUGCUGGGGAGAAGCUACGCUGAGAGGAAGGCAGGAGGCAAGAAGAAGAAGUAGUAGGUGGUAUUAUGGGAUCAUUUUGCUGCCACCGCAGCAACAGAAAAAGGGAAAAACAAGUGAACAGAAAAUGGAGGAAGCUCCUCAGGAGAAAAGUCCUGAACAAGUAGAGCUGCAUAAGACAAUGGCAGGAAUAUCCCAAAGGAACAGUUCUCAGUGUUCACAAGCAGAAGUUUCUGAAAAUCAGGGGCCAGAAAUACUAAAGAGUAAAUGUUCAGAGUCCACGAGACGGAAGUCUAUUUCUUCUCAAGGAGGCUCAAGGGAAGUAAAAAACCAGCCAGUUCAGCAAAGAAAGAGGCUAUCAAAGAAACAGCAUCCAUGCCCUGACUGUGGGAAGGUUUUCAACCGGACCUCAGCCCUCAAUGCUCAUCGGAGAGUUCACACCGGUGAGAAGCCUUAUAAGUGCGCAGAGUGUGGGAAGAGCUUCACCAAGAGUUCACACCUCAUUGCUCAUCAGAGAAUUCACACUGGUGAAAGACCUUAUACGUGUGUGACUUGUGGGAAGAGCUUCAAUCACUCUUCGCAUGUUAUUACCCACCAGAGAACUCACACAGGAGAGAAACUCUAUAAAUGUCUGGAAUGUGGGAAAAACUUUCGGUACAGCUCCGAUCUCAUCCGGCACCAGAUUGAGCAUGCAGGAGAAAAACCAUUCGAGUGUCCAGACUGUGGGAAAUGCUUCAACCGGAGCUCUAAUCUCCUUAUACACCAGAGAAUACACACAGGAGAAAAACCCUACAAAUGCCCUGAAUGUGGAAGAAGCUUCAGCUACAGCUCAGUUCUUAUCAGGCACCAAAGAGUGCACACGUCUGAGAAGCCGUAUAAAUGCCCUGACUGUGGGGAAGGUUUUCAUGUAAAUGCAAGCCUCCUUACACACCAGAGAGUGCAUACGGGAGAGAAACACUACUCAUGCCCAGAGUGUGGGAAGAGUUUCAGAUGGAUCUCACACCUUGUUAGGCAUCAAAAGGUUCACAUGGCAGAGAAGCCUGUGUAAAUCUCCAGAUUUGGAUGAAGUUUCUGUGUGUGCUCAGAACUUAAAAUUGGAGUAUACUGUUAUUUCUGUUUCUUUGUUUUGUAUUCCUCUCUAUUAUCCAUUUCUUUUAUGUUUUGUCUAAUUUUAGAUUGUAAGCCACAUUUGGGCAUUUUAUUCUUUUUUUUAGAACAAUGUAUAUUGCUGUAAUGUCUUCAAUGACUUUUUCAUGAAUAAAAUCUCUCAUAUUUGGGCUGAA